UCUCCACCUUGCUAUUACAUUACUGCGAGAGGGAAAGCUGAAGACCAUCGCUAGUCGUACGCUCAUCGUCUGCCUCGAUCAGCAUGGCCAUGCCCGAGGAGAAGAAUCGCUCUCUGGAUGUCAUCCGUCUCCGCCCCUACACGCCCUCUGCAACCAGCUCAGCCCCGUCCGGCUCAGCAUGGUACGAAUCUCUCACUCGCCCUUUUCGCAUGGGCAACACGGCUGAUAUAGCCUAUGGCGGCUGCGCCUUGGCCGUGCUGACCGCAGCGGCGUUCCAACACCUCGAGGCCAAACACCCGGCCUCCUCUACAUCAAGCAGCCCCUUUACAAUCUACUCAGCCUCGGGCCUCUACCUUCGCCCGGCGCUCUGCUCGACACACUUCAUCUGCGAAGUUACCUCAUUGAGGAGCACCAGGACGUUUGAGACGAUGCAAGUCAAAGUCUAUCAGCCGACGGGCAAAGAGGGUGGGGCGCUCAACGCCUGUAAUAUCGGCCUAGUGGACUUCAUGCGGCGGUCGGCCAACGGCAGGGACAAUUCCAUCCUCACCUACUCCCUCCAGCCGCGCUUGGUCCCCUCUGCGGGGACGCUCACUCACCACACCCGCCUGACCGGCGAACCGCAAGGGAUGCAAGAACGCGCUCGCAGCGGUGAAUUGCCUCAAGCCGCCGCAGACGCCGUAGCGAAGACGUUCAGCGCAAUGAAUGCGUACACAGUCUCCAAGCUACCACCCGAGGGAAUCUGGCAACCUGCUGCGUGGGGUGCCCACAAGCGUGCAAAGACCGGACAGGAGGACAGGCCGGUGCCAGAGAGGGUUGGGUAUGAUUGGACAAAGGUUCGGGGAUCCCUCGUCGAUACAGAGUCAAGAGAAGAGGGAUCUCUGCCCAUCAGCCAAGCUGCAGCGAGUGCAAGCCUCAUCGUCUUCUUCCUCGACGGAGCCCUCUCUUUCUCGCCAUUGAGCUUCACCAAUCGCUUCCUCGACGAUGCAGCCGCGUGCGCAUCGCUCGACUUUGCGAUACGCUUUCACCGCGAGGAUACGCUGCUUGGAAAGCCUGGCUUGAGUGAGAGGGAAGGAUGGUUCUUGCGGGAGAUCAAGGCGAGAGAGAGCGCCUUUGAGAGGACAUACAAUGAGGGGGUGCUUUGGGAGGAGAUGGGAGAAGGAGAGGACUUCAGAGCCGUCGCGACGAUGACGCAGGCUUGUGUGCUGAAGGCGAAGCCAAAGAAGGAGCAGGCGAGAUUAUAAACGGUGACACUAGAUUGAAGGCAAUGACAGGUCUGUUGCAAAAGAUUGAUCACGAGC